GCUCUGAUUGGUGGGGGUGCGCGUGGGCACGGCCGCGGUACCUGGGCUCAGGGAUUUUGAGAGCUGUGGUGCCUUCUCGCUUUACUGCCUGGGCUGGUUUGCGAAGAUGCGGAAGGUGGUUUUGAUCACCGGGGCGAGCAGUGGCAUUGGCCUGGCCCUCUGCAAGCGGCUGCUGAUGGAAGAUGAUGAGCUUCACCUGUGUUUAGGGUGCAGGAAUGUUAGCAAAGCAGAAGCUGUCCGUACCACUCUGCUGGCUUCUCAUGCCACUGCUGAGGUCACCAUUGUGCAGGUGGACGUCAGCAACCUGCAGUCAGUGUUCCGGGCCUCCAACGAACUUAAGCAAAGGUUUCAGAGAUUGGACUUUGUAUAUCUAAAUGCUGGGAUCAUGCCUAAUCCACAGCUAAAUAUCAGAGCACUUUUCUCUGGCCUCUUUUCAAGAAAAGUGAUUCAUAUGUUCUCCACAGCUGAAGGACUGCUGACCCAGGAUGACAAGAUCACUGCUGAUGGGCUCCAGGAGGUGUUUGAAACCAACGUCUUUGGCCACUUUAUCCUGAUUCGGGAACUGGAACCCCUCCUCUGUCACAGCGACAAUCCAUCUCGGCUCAUCUGGACGUCAUCUCGCAACGCAAAGAAAUCUCUUUUCAGCCUUGAGGACUUCCAGCACAGCAAAGGCCACGAACCCUACAGCUCUUCCAAAUAUGCCACUGACCUCCUGAAUGUGGCGUUGAACAGGAACUUCAACCAGCGGGGUCUAUAUUCCAGUGUGGUGUGCCCAGGUGUAGUACUGACCAAUUUGACAUACGGAAUUUUACCUCCUUUUAUAUGGACACUGCUGAUGCCAAUUCUAUGGCUGCUUCGCUUUUUUGCAAAUGCUUUCACCUUGACACCAUAUAAUGGAACAGAAGUACUGGUGUGGCUUUUCCACCAAAAGCCUGAGUCUCUCAAUCCUCUGACCAAAUAUCUGAGUGCCACCACUGGCUUUGGAAGGAAUUAUGUAACAUCCCAGAAGAUGGACCUAGAUGAAGACACUGCUGAAAAAUUUUACCAAAACUUACUGGAACUGGAAAAGCACGUUAGGGUCAGCAUUCAAAAAAGAGAUAAACAGAGCUGAUGAUGACAGUCUUUGAACAUCUCAUAACUUGUGUGCACUCAGGGACACAUGGAUUUCCAUUGAGUUGGCUGUUAUGCAUUUAUAGUAAAACAUGAGCUAUGAA